GGUGUGUGCUGUGCUGUGUAUGGGACGUGAUAAUUUCUGAUAAUGGGACGAAGUGGUUCUGAUUUAAAACCUUUUUUGCAUGAUGCCUUGGAGGGGGCAAAAUAUAAAAAUCUUGUGUAUGUUGAUAUUCUUUUGAUGACAUUUCAAUUGACUUUUCCGCGGAAAAAAAAAAAUUUAAGCAUAUCUGACCAAAAGUUACUAAUGGACUGGGAUAUGUUGAAAGGCCGCACUUACAGAGGGCUAGAAGAUUACUCUCGUGCUAUGAGAGCCUUCAAACGAGGAUUAAAAAAAUCAGAUUACAUAAUAUGUGUUGAUGAAAGUAAACUGAUCUACAGGUUUGCCAGUAUUGAAGAAUUGGAAGAACUACGGAAAAAAAGAAAAACUGGAACUAAGCUGAAGAAAGUUGAAGAUGCUAAUAUAUGUUCUCCAUUAUCCAUUGAUUCUGGCUAUGAUUCUGCGAAAUCGCCUGAAACACCGAUUGAAUAUAAAUUUCUCAGUCACAAAAAUUCAGUGUUAUCUUCUGUUGUCCAUGACCAUUAUUUCGGUGGAUUAUCUGACAUCGUUGAAGAGACUUUUGAAGAUGAUGUGACUUCUGAAGACUUCUGUGAUGAUACUGAAAUUAAGGCUGCAGAUGACUUGCCGAUGGAUUUAGAAAGUGUGCAGUUUGAAUCAUUAUGUCCUUUGGAUGAUGCUUAUUUUAAUGCCCUUUGCAAUGAUCUUUCAAGUGAUCUUGAAAACAUAACAAGUUUGAAAUCUAUAGCAGAUCCAGUUAAUCAUGUUCAUCUGACUGAAAAGGCGUGUGAAGUUUGGCAGUUUGUAGAAAAAUUGGAAAUCACUGAGAAUUUGUUAAUGUUUGUUUUUAAGUGUUUGGACAAUGUUGCUGUUCAUGGAAUCCAGCAUUGUGAAGGUGGUAUUUACUUUCAAAUGUCUGGUGAAGAAAUGAAGAUAUUUCAAGGCAGCACUAUUGUGAAGCUGCAUAGACUCAAAGACAGUAACAAUUAUAUUAUGAAUUUGGAGCGUGGAAGGCAACUCGAUUCUUUUUAAUGCAUUGUGAUGCCCAACCACUGAGAGUCUUAACAAAAAUUUUAGUUAUAAAAUUAAAACUAUAAUUUUGGUUAAUUUUCCUUCAAGCAAUUAAAUUAAUAUUGCUGAAAUAAGGAUUAUGAACUGUGUUCAUUCUUUUCUUAUCCUUUGAGAUGAGGAUCUUCUUUGGAAUGCUAAAUGCAUGGAGUUUAACCUUGAGAUUGUAUUGGAAUUAUAUUUACAUGAAUUUGAUAGUGAAAAUUUUAACUUAACGUUUUUAUAUAAGCUAAAAUGCAAAAUCAAACUUAAAAUUCCCAGCACAUAUUUUAUAUAUUUUUGUGUCUCAAGUUCAAUAUAGUGGUAAAAAAUCAUAUACAAUGUUGUUAGUAGAAUAGCAUGUUUAGCAAAUCUUAAGCUUUUUUAAGUACCUCAGGAUAAAAAUACAUAACAUUAAUGACAUAAUUUCAUUUAAAACAUUCAUAUUUAAAAUUCCAGUUUUGUUUUGAAAUGUAUUUUAUUGAUGAAAUAGAUUUUGCUCCUCAUCUCAAGGAUAAGUAAGUAUGUAUUCAGAUAUGAAUAUCUGAAUUAAUUUUUGGGUCUGGCAGAUAAGUUGCAACAACCUUAUCGACCCUGCCUUGUUGCAUCGAAGGUUAUAAUAAUUGUAUUCCUGUAAAACCUUCGAUUAAGGGUCCCAGUGCCAGACCUUUAUUAUUAUUUAUUAUAUACUCAUUGUUAUUACUGCAUACUUCUGCGGUCAUUUGCAGGAUGCAUUGUAAUAAUAAAUGGGAUAUGUAUUAGUGAUGAAUUUUACAUAUACGUUUGUAUGCUAUGUUGUUUCAGCCUUUCAUUCAAACAUUCUGCGAAAACAGAACUUCCUAGUUAUAAUGCAGCCUUUGAGAUAUUGUUGUGUCAGAUGUGAAACAGAAUUUAAAUAUCGUUAUUCUGAAGAGUCAAACUGGAGACAAAGCAAAUCAAAUGAUCGAGAUAUUUUUUCUUUCAAUUUAAAUGAAACUGUGGAAGAAUGAAAAGGAAGAGGACUAAGUGGGAAUGAAAAUAUCUUCAUAUUAAUACAGAUGAGAAUAAGUUAAUUUCCAGAAUCUUGGAUUCCAUUGAAACCAAGUGUUUAUGUAUGAUCAAAAGUUUAAAUGUACAGAAAAUUCUGAACAAGUGAAAUUUUUGGAAAUGGUUUAAUAAAACCUACACGCAUAAUGUAAUUUACAUUUGCAUAAGCAAAUGUAAAGAUUUUUCUCCCUCCUCAAUUUAGAACAUUUUUAUAUAUGUUAUUGUGGUAAUUUAGUUUUUAUGCCAUUUUAACAAGGAAGUACUGUAUAUUAUGAGCGGCUUACUGUUAAGUGCAUUAAUGUCAUGAUUAAAAGUAACUUUUGUAAUUUUAGUGUUUUGAUUAUAUUGUGAGGGCUUUUCAUAGCUGCCAACUUGCUUGGUUUUUCAUUGUUUCCCGGUAAUCAGACAAAUUUCCCGAUUUUUAAUUUCAACCUCGACUAAGAAAAGUGUUUCCCUAGAGUAAAUGAAGCUUGUUGAAUUAAUGAAAGUUAGAAGUGGGCAAAUUCUAUUCCACCACUCCUGGUAAUUUCCAGCAUAAUUUUUCUUAUUAAAUUUACAUGAUCUGGUUUGUCUUGACAUUUACAGAACUUUAUUACAGAAAACCCUUCAGCAGCUUAACACCAGCAGGUAAUCUUCUUAUGCGACGGCAUGCCGCUUAAUGCCACUCAUCUUGGAGGAUGUGGCUUGUAGCACUAGUGCAAUAUCGCCAGAUGGGGUAUUUCGUGUCACUAAACAUCAAAAAUGCUUUUUUUAAACAAUUGUUUUGGUUUUUACUGGAGUGGUAUCUUACAGUAAUAUAAUCAUAAAUACAGAAUAUUAAGAGAUUCUGAAAAAUUUUUAAAUUAAAAUCUAAAUGCAAAAUAAAAUAUUUUAUUUGAUAAAAUGUUGUAAAAUCUGUGUCUAAACAUGCGUAAAAAAUAUUAAAAUAUAUGAUCAAAUAUUAGUAAAUAAGUGAUUCAGAAAGGAGACAGUAUUUUAUAAUCUAGUCGUUAUUAUUUCAUUAGUUAUGAAACACAUUUUCAGGUCAAACUUUUUAAUUCCAUCCCAGCAGAAUAAUUAAUCCUAAGAAUCCCCUCAUUUUAUGCACAUCUAGAGGAGUGGGUUGAUUUUGAAUGAAGAUGGAUUUUCAGUUGUCUUUUGUUCAUAGAAAUUAUUUCCUUCAACUACUAUGUUCAUUAGAUUAUCGAUGAAAAAAUAGUGAAAAAAUAAAUUUCAUUCCCAUAAUUUUAAAUUAAGUUUACUUCUACAAUUCCUGUAUAUUCAUAGGGAUUCAGUUACUUAAAAAAUAGAGUUCGUGACAAAGUAACCACUAUUCUGCUGUGAAGUGAAAGGAAAACAAACUACAGUCUCUGAGGAAAUUUCAGUAUCAAAAUCGCUAUUCUCAUUUAAAUCUAGAGUUGUUUGUGUCAAAAUAGUCACUCAUGGGCUUCGCAAUUUGAAUAUACUCUUCUUCCAUUAAAAGCCUUUCUCGUAGACAUCACACUAUUAGUUUAACUCUUUUACCCAGUGCAAAAAACUUUCAUCUGCUAUCUAAAGAAGAUGCUAACUGAAUACAAACUAGGAGUUUUUAAAACCACGGCCCCAUUCUCAUAUGAAAAAAAGGGAAAAUAAAUUUGAAGCAUCAGUUGUUUAAUGUUUAUAAUCAUGGAAAGCCAACUGCCCCUUAAAUGGGUUUUCUUUACUAUCAUCUGCUUGUGCUCUAAACAGAUCACCAGAAUCCAAAAAUACUUUAUGGACACAAGGCCAGCAAUAUAUAUAUGGGCAAAUGACCUAAUUGUAGUGGACACAGAGUGCCAUCUAGUGAUUUUAAAAAAAAUUCUAAAAGAAUGUGUAUUUUUGAAAGUGCAUAUAUGCCACAUCCUCUGGAAUAUAGAUGCAAGCGGCAAUGCACAGUGCAUCACCCAAAGCUAGCGACAUAAGGGACUUAUGCAUAUAUGACACACCCGUCUGCAGAGGGUCAGCAACAUGCAGUCGCGAGGGAGUUAAAGGAUUGGAUUGAAUUAUUCAAUUAUGGCAAAGGACACGAGGGCUAUCUGCUUAAAGGGAGGGUUGCCUUUGUGGAGGACUUUCUAAGCGAAACUGGCUCAUAUACACGUUAUACAUGGGAAAAAACCACGAAAAAGUCCAUGCAGCCAGCCCGUUCGCGGGAUUUGAAACUCGGACCGACCAGUGUUCAGCAUCUUUACCACUCAGCCGCUGGUGGGCCUUAAAGGGGUUAAAGAGAACAGCCAGUGUUUAAUCAGUAUGGUGCAUUUUAAAUUUAUUCAUGCAAUAAUAUGCAAAUGAAUUUAAUUGUUGUCUUAUUUAAAAGUACUUUCUUU